UUGGCAGACAAAUGCAGAUCGAUAAUGGUGCAUGUUAGAGUGUUAACAGUCUUGGCAAUAUGUCUUUUUCGCUGUUCCCUUACUUCAGGUACUUCAUUUGCAGCAAAAACACUCACGUUUUUUGUAAAUGACGAUAUGAAGGCUGGUAAGGAAUUAGCCCCAGUCAACGUAGAAACCAAAAAUGGUUCCUCUCCAGUAAUGUACAGCAUAGAUCCCACACAAUGGCGUGAUGUUUUAAGUAUUGAUAAACUAUCAGGAUCAACAACACUUCGGAAAGAUCUGAGGAAGUUUGUAGUACUCCGCAGAGAUGGUACGAGACGGCUUUCUUUCAAUGUUACUGGAUGUCAAAAAUCUGGGAAUGGACAGGAAAGUUGUGCUGCUGUAAAUAUUUUAAUUAUCGCAUUACGAAGAAACUUUGGGGACAGGUUUGUUGAAGAAGCUUUGAAACAUGUCACAACGAAAAAUUUGGUCAAUCACAUCUUUGAAGGAAUAACCCCAACGUCAAUCUCGCCUUCAUUUUUACUGCGAGUUAUAAGAAGAAUUCCAAAGACCUCGGAAGAUAUUACAUUGUUGGAGGCGAAGCAGGAAAUGUUGUUAAAUUAUAUUAAAAGAAAAAUCGUACACGAAUUUUCAUUUUCUUUGAAAGAAAGCAUCAGUUUUGAUUGUCUGCACAUCGAAAAGUUAUUUUCUUUGGACAAAAUCUCGAUAUUAUUGAACCCAAGCACGUGUCGAACAGUCGAAAAAAAUGCACACCCAUUAUAUUGCUACCAGAAAUAUCGUACCUACGAUGGCACAUGUAACAACCUUAUUCACAAACACUGGGGUUCCGCUGACAACAAGUUAGAGAGAAUGGUUGCUGCUGAAUACGCCGAUCCUGACCAACUCUAUCUUCCCAAGGGAUCCCCAGACGAGUUUUACAAAAGUCAUCUUCCGUUAGCCAGUGAUGUCAGCAAAACCUUUAUAGGCUCACAAACCCACUCUCUUGGUUCAAAUGAACCGUAUUCACACGCAGUCAUGCAAUGGGGACAAUUCUUAGAUCAUGACAUAAGUCUCAGUCCCGAAAGCGAGGGAGCAGACAAAUGUUCACAAGUACCAUGUGAUGGCUCAAUAAGAAUAAGCAUUCCGCCAUGUUUUCCAAUCGUUUCAGCCAAAAACUCUACUACCCCUUGUAUUAGAAUGACGAGAUCUGCGGCAGUGUGUCAGUCUGAUGCGGCAGAUUUACAACCGAGAGAACAGAUAAAUGUUCUCACUUCAUUUGUUGAUGGUUCACAGAUAUAUGGAUCUUCUGAAUAUGUGGCUAAGAAACUCAGAACUGGUAAAGAGGGAUUACUUCGUAUGACAGAGAAAAACCUACUAAUACUAGAUAAGGAUGUAAAAGGUCAUCCACUUGACUUGUGUACCAAUAGCGGAGGAUGUUUUUUGUCUGGAGAUGGUCGUGUUAAUGAGCAGAUGGGAUUGGCCAGCAUGCACACACUCUUCAACAGGGAACACAAUCGAAUUGCUACCAUCUUGAAGCAAAUUAAUGUCCAUUGGGACGAUGAAAAAUUAUUCCAAGAAACUAGAAAAAUUGUUGGCGGAAUUUUGCAGAAAAUUACAUACGACGACUUCCUGCCGAAGAUUCUCGGAGACGAUGGCGUGUUGCCGUACCAGGGAUAUAAGUACGAUGUGAAUCCUGGAAUCCUUAACGAGUUUUCAACUGCGGCUUUCAGAUUUGGUCAUAGUUUAAUCAGACCGUUUUUCGAUGUCCUUGAUAAAGGAUACAAUCCUCUACGAGCACCGAUUCCUUUGAAAGAGAUGUUUUUCAAUAAUGUAUUUAUACAAAAAUAUGGAAUUGAACCAGUUCUGUUGGGCUUGUUAGCAAACAACUCCCAAAAUGUUGACCCUCUUUUAGCUCAGGACUUGACAAAGCAUUUGUUUGAAAGGGAGCAUGUCGUUGGUUUGAAUCUAGCUUCUCUUAACAUCCAACGUGGACGAGACCACGGCCUAUCAGGAUACAAUACAUAUCGAAAACUUUGUGGUAUGAAAUCUGCUGAAACAUUUGAAGACGUUGCUUUAGAAAUAAGGGACCCGACGUAUCGAAAUUUGCUUAAGACAUUGUAUGGAACACCUGAUAAAGUAGACCUGUGGGUCGCUGGACUAGCAGAAGAUCCCCUGCCUGACUCAGCAGUAGGACCGACAUUCCAUUGUAUCAUCAGUAAGCAGUUCAGGAACCUUCGCGAUGGUGAUCGAUUUUACUACGAGGAGAAAGAUGUGUUUACCAAGGAACAGUUAAGAGAAAUAAAGAAAGUAACGUUAUCUCAAGUAAUGUGUCAUAAUCUUAAAGACAUUGUAUCCAUACAAAAAGAUGCCUUCACUGCCCCAAAAUGUGCUGAAAAUCGUGUGUCCUGUGGUCGUAUUCUACAAUAUUCUAUCAACCUGGAGGCUUGGAGAGAUCAUGCACCAUGUUAUUCCAAUCCAUGCGAACAUGGGGGUCACUGUGUUCCGAUUGAUGGAGGGAAGAGCUACCAUUGUUACUGUGGAGCAUAUUGGACUGGUGACAGAUGUCAGUACCCCGAGAAUCCAUGUAACCCGUCAACAUGUGUCGACCCCCAAAACAUGUGGUGCAGAUCAGAACUAAGAGGAACCUUAUUUUACUGUUCUUGUGGCUACUUUCACGAAUGUAAAACGCAAGACUAUUGCAAAGACAGUCCAUGUCCUACAGGAUAUAAAUGCGCCAACGAAAAUGACAGUUAUUAUGGUGGUUAUAGUUGUGAAAGGUCUACGCCUGGUAAAAAACAUUGACGUAAUAAAACAUUACAACAUAAGC